AUGACUAAAAGAAAAGAGAGAGAAAAGCAGUUAAGAGUCAGAGAUGGUAGGCUUACAAAUGUCAGUCUGAGGAGUUUGUAUUUUAUUGUAGAGUUUAUAAGAAAACAAGUAAAGUGCUUUUUUGUUUGUUUUAAGCAGGUGGAAGAGUUUGAAUUCUGACUGGGUUUAUGAUCUCUAAUCUAGCGGGAGCUCCAUGAGGCCAGACAUUGUUGCUUUUUUGCCUCUGUGUCCUCAGUGCCCGCCUGUGUAGUCAGGCACACAGUGGAAAUUUAAUAAGUACUAAGUGAUUGGCUGUGACAUCAUUUAACCUCUCUGGGCUUCUCUGUAAAAUGAAGGGCUUGGAUUAGAUUUUUAAAGGACCUCUUCUAGCUUAAAAUCUGUGAUCCUUCAAACUCCCUCAUCUUUCUUAAUGUCAUAGGCUUGAUAUCAAUUCUGGCUGUUUUAUUUCCUUAUGGACAUAUUGAAUCCAAAUUUAAUGAGAUUGUUGCCUCUGUAGACCUUGGACUCGGGUGACAUUUUGAGUCACCUCCCACCUCUGAUCCUCACUUGCAUGGCACCUACCAUCCCCUGUCAAAUAGAUGUUAUUACCAGUAGUCCUUAGCUCAUUGUGCUGUAUUGUGUAUAAACUGACAGAUAAAGAUGAGUUACUUUUGUGGCCAUUGCUCCAUUAUUUUUUUAAGCCAUGGUUUAGGUAUUAUGUCACUUCACCUGAAUCAUAGACUUUAAAUGCUAAUAUUACUUGCAAACUCUUUUAUUCUUCAUCACUGCUCUAUCAGAAAUUUUAUGUUUGGAAUACCCUGUGUCUUUAUCUCUCUAUAAAAGAAGUACAGCUAUGAUUACUCUUAAAUGCUAAUCCAUAUUAAUCUUGCCCUAGGACCUGAAUUCUAAUCUCAGUUUGGAAAUGAAGUAGUCUUAAAUAUAGAUUAGCUAACUCUUCCUUUUCUGGAAUUGCUUCAUGCUAAAAGUACCAGUUUGUAGAUAGACUGCUGAGAACUAAUGGAUUUACUGCUUUCCCUUCAGCUGACCUGUAGGUGGAUUUUCCAGUUUAAGGCAAAUGGUAGCAGACAGCCUGCUAAAGCCAGCCACUGGACAGAUUUAUUUUAAUCCUUCGUAUAUAUGCCUCCUUGUAUGGAACAAGCUCUAAAAUGCUUUAUUUUUAUUUAUUUAAUUGUUUUUAUGGUAAGAACCAAAUUAAUUCUCAAGCCUUUUUUAGUCAGGUUUUGCUUGGAGACAGUAUUUUGACUGGAGAGAAAAUUUUUAGCAUAAUUUCAUCAUAUCAUUUGAAUCUAUAAAUUAACUAACAUGGAACGAACUGUUAAUAUCUAUUGCAUUUUAAUUGAGUAUAUAUCAUUUAAUACUAAUGACUAUUAACUUUUAAUACUAAAGUUUUAAUAUGAAAGUUCUGUUUGUUGUGUUUGACCAUGAUGUAGCCAAAUAUUAUACUUUGCAAUCCCUUCAAGUUCAAAAAUUAUCCUGAUUUCAUGUAAUUAAGCACUAGAUAUGAUUGUUAGUCACUGUUGUGCUAAUAUAAUGUAAUUUGCAUCAUAGGAAAAAGCACUGGCUUUUCUGAUCUGGUUACUUGCAUUGGAUGUAAAAUGAUCCUUUGCUUUCUAUCAUCUGUGAACAGUGAUGGGCUCUGGUGUUUCAUAAAUGGAGAAAAUACUUUUCAGUUUCCACACUAAAUGGGCACAGUAGGGACCAAUUUCCUGCCCUUCAGACCUGCUGAUUUAGCCAAUACAGUAAGUUAAGUGGAGCUUUACAUUUCUAGAAGGAUCACACGGUACUAUAAAGCCAGUGCCUCUCUGAUCCUCACACUGCUUGGUUGGAGAGACCCAGGUGUCAACAUGGGCAAUGCAAACUCCAAAAGCAGCAGCCGAAACAGCUCCAUCCCGGGUCAUCCCGAGCUGUCUUUGUAUGGCUCUUUUUCUAGGAAAUGGAAUGAGAAUGUCUUUUUGGAUAAUGAACUCCUAACAUCCAAGAUUUUGUCAGCGCUUCGACCACAUUCUAAAAGGGGCUUAAGGACGGGAAAUCUUCAAUGUCCUGCUCGUUUUCUGAGUACCAACUCUGUGUUUGCAUCCGUAGCAUCCUCUUUGAAGGAGCAGCCUCGCAGCACCCUCUUGGGAUCUAAUGGCACCCCAGUUCUACCCAGGAAUGUAGGGAUGACUAUCUCCACCAAGGCAAGUCUUCAGGCAGCAUUAAACACGGCUGGAACUCUGAAUAGAUUUGGACCAGGUACAGGAGAGAUGGAUGAAACCGAUGCUGGAUUAGUAAAAUUCAAGCAGUUAACAGAUGAUUCUCUUUCACUUGCAUCAACUACUGAAUCUAUUUUCGUGGAAGAUUCCUACUCUGCCUCACUAAAAAGUGAAAUAGAAGCUGAUGGCCAGGAGUUUGAGGCUGAGUCCUGGAGUCUUUCUGUGGAACUGCCAUAUGCAAAGAAACAAAAAAAGGAAGUACUGAAGAGGCAAGAUGUCAUCUAUGAGUUAAUGCAGACUGAAGUGCAUCAUGUCCGAACCCUAAAAAUAAUGUUGAAAGUCUACUCCAAAGCACUGAAGGAAGAGAUGCAGUUUAGUAGCAGAAUCAUCAACCGCAUCUUCCCAUGUGUGGAUGACUUGUUGGAGAUGCACGGGCAGUUUUUGCACCGCUUGAAGGAGCGACGCAGAGAAUCCCUGGCAGAAGGCAGUGAUCAGAAUUAUGUGAUCCAGAAAAUUGGAGACCUCUUGGUACAACAGUUUUCAGGUGAAAAUGGAGAAAGAAUGAAAGAAAAAUAUGGUAUCUUCUGUUGUGGUCACAAUGAAGCUGUCAGUCACUAUAAAGAACUGCUUCAGCAAAACAAGAAAUUCCAAAAUAUGAUUAAGAAAAUUGGCAACUUCUCCAUUGUUAGACGGCUUGGUGUUCAGGAGUGCAUCCUUCUCGUUACUCAGCGUAUUACCAAGUACCCUGUGCUGGUCGAGCGCAUUAUUCAGAAUACUGAAGCUGGUACUGAAGAUUAUGAAGACUUGAACCAGGCUCUAGGACUCAUAAAAGACAUCAUCAUGCAAGUUGAUGCCAAAGUGAAUGAAUGUGAGAAGGGGCAACGCCUCAAAGAGAUUGUUGGCAAGAUGGACCUCAAGUCCUCCGGCAAGCUCAAAAAUGGGCUGACCUUCCGGAAAGAGGAUAUGCUCCACAGGCAGCUCUAUGUCGAUGGAAUGCUUUGCUGGAAAACUGCAUCAGGGCGUCUGAAAGAUGUUCUUGCUGUCCUACUGACUGAUGUGCUUCUGCUGCUACAAGAAAAGGACCAGAAAUAUGUCUUUGCAUCUGUGGACUCAAAACCACCUGUUAUUUCAUUACAAAAGCUAAUUGUGAGGGAGGUAGCAAAUGAGGAAAAAGCAAUGUUUCUGAUCAGUGCCUCCCUGAAAGGCCCAGAAAUGUAUGAAAUUUAUACCUGCUCCAAAGAAGAGAGAAAUUCAUGGAUGGACCAGAUCCGCAGAGCUGUGGAGAGCUGCCCUGAUAGGGAGGAGGAGCCAUUCAGUGAGGCUGAAGAAAAAAUGGCCGAAGCCCGAGCUGCCAGAUUAAAAGAAUUCCAAGAACGUUUAAGCAAGAAAGAUGAGCUGAUUGCUCAAAGUCUCAGUGAGAAACAGCAGAUUUAUUUGGAAAUGUUUGAGAUUAACAGCUUUGAAGAUCUUCCUCCCGGCUCCCAGUCCAGGUUCUUUUUCCGAGGAGGGGAACCCUCAGAGAACAGCCUGCAAGGCGAGAUGAUUCUGAAGUCGGCAGUAUCUGAAGUUGAGAAUAUGCUUCACCUGGUGCAUGCACAUAUGUAUAAACAGCUGAGAAAUGACAGCGAAGACGGUGGGGCUGGGGAUGAUCUCUCAUUGCCCAGGAGAGCAGAGACCUUCGGGGGCUUUGACAACAAUACAAACCCAAACAAAAAUGCUAGCUUUAAGAAGAAGGCCUGCAAUUGCGAUGCCUGGCUUAAAGACCGGAGAAUUCCUUUUGCCAGUUCGGACUCACAGCUUGGUGACCUUUCAGGAGACUCUGAAGAAGGAUCACAGACAGCUGAGUUAACCCACAUGGACUGGAACAACAGUGCACCAGCCACAAUGGAAUCUGAGCUUUUAAAGAGAAUACACACACUAUCAAAGCUGCUUUCCAAUCUUCAGGCAGUGGUUGCUCAGCAGGACAGCUACAUUGAAAUGCAGAGGGCCACGAUCCUUGACCGAGAAAAGCAAUGUAGAUUGCAGUCAACACGUGGAAACUUCCUGUUAGAACAAGAGAAACAGCGAAACUUUGAGAAGCAGAGAGAAGAACUGGCCAAUGUACAGAAGCUUCAGAACCAACUCAAGCAGGAACAGCAACGCUGGGAGCGUGAGCGCAGCCGACAGCAGAAAGAACUGGAAUACACUGAAGCCCGGCUGCAGGAGAGGGAGAGUGAGUCCCAGCAAUUCAGGGAGCGGCUGACCCAGGACAAAGAAGAGCUGGACCGGCAGCGCGAGGCCUACCAGCAUGACCUGGAGAGGCUCCGUGAGUCCCAGCGAGCUGUGGAGAAGGAAAAGGAGAGGCUUGAACUUCUGAAAAAAUUAAAGAAGCAGAACACCUUGCCUGGCACAGUACUUCCCGAAGGGCUGGAGGGCCACACCCUUAGUACCUCCUCGAGUUUCAACGGCGAGGGCCUCGAGGGGGCCGUGCAGCUGGCCAAGCCCCUGGUGAGGACCAGCACCCUGCUGUGCGGCCCUGACUACGCGGAGCGCCCCGAGGUGGCUCGUCGGGACAGCACGGCCACGGAGGGCCGCCUGGUGAAGAGCGACGUGCCCAUCCAGCUCCUGAGCGCCACCAACCAGAUCCAGAAGCAAGCUGCCGUCCAGCAGCAGAUCCCCACCAAGCUGGCCGUGCUCACAAAAGGGAGCAAGGAGAAGGGAGGGAAGAGCAAAGCCUCCCAGCGCUCUGACAGCUCCACCUCCUUUGACCUAAAACAGCAGCUGAUGCUCAGCAAGUUUAUGGGCAAAGACGAAAACACUAUGAAAGCCCGCCAGGCCCCGGGUCCUGCCCUGACAGGCCAGAGCAUCAUUGUGCAUCAGGAGUCGUGUGUCCCAGCAGACAUCCAGACCUCAGAGAUCUCUCCUCUGGGCUCAGGAAACAUGUUCAGGCCGAGCAGCGCCCCGCACCUCUCGCCCCCGGCCCAGCCGCCCCUGCGGCCCGCUUCUGAAGACGACGCCAACAAGGAAGAUGUUAUCUUUUUCUGAACUGCUGUUGUGCAGGAUGCACCUGGUGCCAAUUCCCUUGGAGAAGGUUUCCAUGGAGUCUCCAGGAAAACAGAGGGCCAGUGCUGAUUGCCAUCUCUUGUCUCUUCCAGAAUGACAUCCCCUUCAGAUGGGCUCUUCAGAUGGAGCUAGGUUUUCCUUCACAUGGUCAGCGCCCUCCUGGGGACUCCAAGGGGUCAUUGAGACAAUGUGGGCACCCGCUUGUCUCUUUUUCAGGCAUAACCACUAUGGACUCAAACAUGGCCUGGGUGUCUCAAUUCCAAAUCUAUGGAUAUGUUGCCAUCUACCAUAAUAUGCUCUUUUUGGUGAAUUUGCAGUGAUUCCCUGAUAAAGUUUUUAAUAUCUUUUUAGAAAAAAGUUUUAAUUGGAAGUUGAACUAUAAAUGAACUAAGGAGCUAUUCUAAAUAAUAGGACCCCGUUUGGGUAAGAGAGAAAUCUAUUUUCAAUCUGGUUUUACAGAGCUGUGGCCGUUAGAUGUAGUUUGAGAAAGCAGUUAGGUCCUGGGGUUCUCGGCCUGUGUGUGAGCUGGCAGGCGGACUUGGAAUACAGGAGGCCAAGUAAUAGUUUUAAGGCCCAGAGGCCAACUUAGGAAAUGUGUCCAUUCUGGGGGAGGUGGUGCUAGCAGCCCACCUUGGCUGUCCAGACUGGCCAUCAGUGCUGUCCAUCUUCAGAAAAGGAGCCUUAAGCUCAUCUCCGCUUCUGAGGCUUUGCUGGGUGUGGUGCAGAUUCCCAAAGCAAAUUAUUUGUUGGUUCAUAGUGAACCUAAGAUUGGGAUAUUUUCCUGAUCAUUGAUGAAGAUGCUAAAUCUAAAAAAAGUUAUUAGCAAGGUUGAGAGUGCAAUAGGUUACCGUCUUCGAUAAUCCUUCUGUAACGUAGUCCAGGUUGUUACAGCGGGCGCCCUGCCAGCGGAGGCAUUUAUUAUCAUGCAGGUGGCUGUCGAGGUCCUGAUGUCUCCACAGAUGAGCAUGGAGACACAUGUAACAAAAUGGAGUUCUCAUUGGCAAACCGUUGUAUUAUUACUUUGGAAUCUCCUCUUUCUGAAUUUGAUAUGGUGAAGAAAAUGAACUUGGCUGUUCAGACAGAAGUAUCUUUAUGUGACUUUAUGGCAGCUUUGUGCCCAAUCCUUGUGGGGGCUUCUUAUUAUCACGGACCCCACGGUAGGGGAAAGUGCUUCUGCAGAUGAAUGCCUGGGGGUUUACCUGAGGCGGAGCUUGAUGUUGUCGGGGGAUCUGUAGAAACUGCAGGCCCUCAGCAGGUGGCAUAAGGCAACCUGGGGAAACCAAACUAUCGGGCCAUGAAGCUGCUUCUUAGCAACAGCAACUUCCUCUUUGUGUGCCCCAUUCCCUGCCAUUGCCCCCUGGAGAAGCAGAAUGUUGGGUUGUAUACCGGGCUAGUCACCCUCAGGAAGUGACCCGGUGUGGCUCUGAAAGGGGGACAAAUGCUUUUUUUUUUUUUUUUUUUUAGGUAUUAGUCUUAGAAUAUUGUCAUUAAAAAUUAAUAUUUAGUAAUAGCUAAACAAAGCAGCAGAAACUGAAGAAACAUUUUGUGUUGAUUCUCAGUGGUUAAGGAGCAUGUAACCAAUACAUACUCUCAUCUGUCUAAAAGAGCUGGCAAAUGAUUUGAAGUUUCCUGUAGAGAGAAUCACCUGGGUGGUUGGGUGCCAGGAAAGUGUUAGUGGCUAGCACAAAACAGAAGCUAUUGGGAAAGGUGAUUUACAGUAAAGUGUUGUUGGUGUGAAGUUUUCUCCUCUCUCCUCCCUUCAGUUUGGGGGUAGUUUUGUAGUUUAUAACUGGAAGUGACCAGAGACACAUUAGCUCAAUAACCUCACCAGUGAGGAAACUGCAGCCAACAUUGGGAGGAAAUAGCAGAGGCUAGAUUUGAAUCAAGUCUUUCUCUAAAUUAAUCCCAGCCCAGUGUCAUGGAAAUGAAGUUGUUUGCCUAUGGUUCUUUUGGACACCUGGGGGGAAAAUAACUUUAAAAUCCAAUGUUAGGGGGGUGGUUAAACAUCAUUUCUGUCUGCUUCCAUCUAUAGCCAUAUCACAGCUUUGGCUCAAACUCUGGACUUGCAGAUGCCUCCUUGGAGGGUUCUGGUGUGGGACUUAUUGGGCUGAUGGCCGGCUGUUCCAAGUUUGGGGGGUUUGGACUGUAACCUGUCAUACCCAGGGAAGAAUCCCAACUCAUUUCCCCAAACCUCCAAUUUAAGGACAACUGAAGAGUUUAAGCACUGUAAUCAUCAGCCCACAAUAAAAGUUAUAGGCCCUAUCGCAGGAACUCAAUUCAUCUCUGGAAUAGGUAUGUUUCCAGCAAGUCCACAGUCUGCAGGCCACGUAAAAGUCUCCUGUCUCCUUAUUAUCAACCCAUACUCACAGGGAAAUCCAGCCCCAAACACACAUGCACAUGGGUUCCACAAUAGAUUUGUCAGUGGAGCUGGGAGAGAUUUUUUAGUUCUUUGAAUCAAAAUCGGAUUCAGUAGUUCAGUUGUUCAAAGCCAGACAGGCAAGACAAUAGGAAAGGAAGUUGCUUCCAAAAGGGGCUCCUUCCAGGGCCUAUGCGGGGACCUCUGUCUCCUUACUACAAGGGGGACGUGGCCAGGUGCCUGCUUUCCAAGUCCUGUCCUGAUUGAGAGGUUCUGCCAUUGAUGCUGCAUCUAGGCCCAGUGGAAGGUGGGGAGAGAAUGGGCCAGAGAAAGGAGAGCUCGAGCUCUUGGUGCCAGAGUGAGGUAGUCUGUCUUUCUUAAAGCGUCCUGUGAUCGGAGUCCCUUUUGUAGUCCCUUUUGUUCCCUGUGGUUCUGUGGACAUGUCUUCCAUCCCCCAUCCCCCCACAUAAAGACUGAUGGCCCUUGUCUUGCUGCAUCCGCCAGCAUGGCACCUGGUGAAGAGAUCUUCCCACAGCACACCUGAGCUUUACUUGAGUGGGCAGGACAGGCCAGGUUCUGCUUUUGCUAAAACUUUUCCCAUAUGAACUUGCAGAAGGGACCAAAAGCAGAAACCUUCCUUCUCACCUUCACUCUAAUAAGGGAAACCUUUCUGGCACUUGGAACAUUGUUUGCUGUCAGCCCAGAAACGAGUCCCUAACACUUGGGACCUUGUGUCUCCCUAUCUCCUCUCUCCCCACCCCCAUCCUCUCCUUGAAGGAACGAUUAUACAAUCAUGAGUCAGCAUUGAUUUCAGUUUCUGUUAUGGUGGUAGGUCCUGCCCAGCAAGCAAAGUUCUGAGAGAAAAACUGUUUUUACCAUUUUUAAAAACCCUUUCCAUCAGUGAUUCUCGUUGCCCUUUGAAAUACAUGUACUACACAUUAAAUUUCAUUGUGCCAUGUUUAUAAUCAGUGUUUUAUAUUUUUGUACUGAAGUAUCGGAGCACUUUAGAAAUGUUUACUUUAAAUUUGUUUGAUUUUGGAAGGAAAAUGACUUGUCUGUAAUUCUAUUGCUGCGCUCACGUAAUAAUUCUUUACUGAGCUGUGAUAGUUUGAUGCUGUUUAGUUUUAGUUCUAGUCCAGUGACUUUGUGAUCUCGUGAAUAAUCAUGAUAGGAGGUUCAGGGGAUUUCAAUCCAAACCUCCAAGAGGAUUGUCUUCUUCCCUGAAGUUGAGGAGAUUUCUCAGUUCUGCUAGAAGGCACGGUUGUAAAUAGUCAUGUCCCUGCCAAUGGUAUCCCCAUCACUUCUUGUUAGUAUCUAAUUUUAUUUGUAAAAUUGAUGGAUAAGCACAUGUUAAUACAUCUGUUGACUCGUGCACUUCGUUAAUUGUAUUGUGAUCUUAGGUUCACUUCCUGGUUUGUUGUUUUGUUUUGGGGUUUUUGUGGUUUUUUUGGUUUUGUUUGUUUUUUUUUUAAUAAUUUUUUUAUGCUGGCUCUCGACAGCACGAUUUCAGAACAACCUUGGAACCCAAGUACUGAUUUCUAGCAAUAAAAAAAUUACUAAAAUAA